CUCUCUCUACAGAGACCUCUGCAGCACAGAGAUCCAGCCAUGACACCUACAAUCACUACAGCUAUGACCUACUCUAAGGAGCCACAGACUCUGACUCACAAGCUAAGAAAACCACUGGUGGAGAAGUUUCGCAGAGAGCGCAUCAACAGCUGCAUUGAGCAGCUCAAAUCACUCCUGGGUCCAGAGUUUCUGAAACAACAGCCUGACUCCAAGCUGGAGAAAGCAGACAUCUUGGAGAUGACGGUUUGCUUCAUGAGACAACAGCUGCAAUAUAAAUCCUCUUCCUGCUCAGCAUAUGCCAGCCAGGGUUACUCCAGGUGUUUCCAUGAGAUGGUGCACUUCCUGUCCAAGGAUGAGACGAAGACACAGUCCCACCAUAGACUGCUGAACCACUUCCAGAACUCGAGGUCAUCAUCAGAUGAUAUGAAAGAGAACAGUUUAUCUCAGUGUAACUCUCCUGUCCAGCAUGGCCUCAGCGAGGUGAAGAGUUCAGUCAACAGCGCCCUCUGGAGACCCUGGUAG